CAAGCCUGUUCUUUAAGAAAGGAAAAUACCAACUACAUUUCCCAGUGCGCUUUGCACAAACCUUCGAUUCCAGCCUUCCAGCCUCAAUGUGGUGGUGGCUGUGGUAACGGUGAACGGAGGCUGGGCAGUCCGUAAAAAAUGGCAGACGAAGAGGAGCCCGGACAGGGUGCCAAGUCGCCCUCAGCAGAAGCCUCACAGCCAGAGAGCCCGCAAAAUGUGCGCCAACCCCACGUUUCUUUCAACGAGACGGUGCACCCGGCGGUAUCCGGCAUGGUCAGCCAGCUAUUCAGCCAGCCACCGCUGGCACUCAAAUUCGACAAAAACAUCAAACAGGCCUUCUACAAUACCGGGGCUAUGAUCUUCGUUGCGAUCUGCUGCGGGGCAGCCGUGUUGGUAUACUUCAUUCUGGAGGCCUUCCUCCGUCCGCUGCUAUGGGCUGUUCUUUGCGGCACUUUUCUGCACCCUUUCAAAUACUCUCUGGCCCGGAUCGGUCGAUCGUGGCUGAACGGCUUGCAGGACACAGGCACACCUAUAGUGUUGGGCACCCUGCUGCUUCCCGUGUGGUUCGUGAAUUACGGCGUGGAGACACUGGGGGGUUUGGUCCUGGAACGUCUCAAGGUGCUGUUGGCGAUCGGGGCAGGGGUUCCCCUUGUCUGUUUUUUGUACUACUUUUGGAGCGUCAUUGGCAUGCAGGUGAUAAUCGAACACGCCUGUGCUGUCAUUUGUUACGCGCUGGAUUACUUCAAUGCAGUGUGGGUUGGGACUCUCGUUGUUGGCUACGUGCUGGCUGUUGCUUUCAAGUGGACCCCGAGCAUGGAGGGCUACUUGCAGGCCAUGUCUGUGCCCGUUUGGACCGUGCUGCUGUUAUACCUGGUGUCUCUGACUGGGUCCUGGAGGGUCCCGAUCUUUGUGGUUGUGGUCAGUCUCCUGAUCGUGGGUUCCCUGCAGGAGAAACCUCAGGUCUCAGGCAAAGGUGAGCUGUCGGGGCAGGUGCUGUCCUUUGCUGCCAGCACCAUCUACAUGGCCAUCUCCUGUAGCAACAUCAGACCCAACCAGGACCAGGAAGGCUCCACACCCCUUUCUCAAGCUCUGUGUGGGGCAUGGACAGACACAGUUGACCCCCCCGGGCGCAGGACGCGGCCGGAGAUUCGGACGCUGCUGCACAAGGAGAAGGCCAGUGACAUCUACUUUGUGCUGCUGGCAUGGGCCAUUGUCCUGGUGCAGAUCUGGCUCAACCUGUGGAUUCUGCAGCUGCUGCCUAUCCCUGUGGCUGUGUGGGUGCUGAAGAAGCUGGUGGUGCACUUUGGGCUUAAGGGCUUUGCGGUGAGGACCCUGGCUUCGUGGGGGGCUGCGAUUGGCCAGUUCCUCAAGGAGCGGCAGGAGGCCCUGCUGCCUGGGCCAAUUAAAGGCCUGGCCCAGUUCCUGCUCAGAGUGGACACCAAGCUCUGGCAUUGGCUUAACAAGCAGAUGAUUGUGUGGCUCGAGCGCUCCCUGGACAAACUCAUCAGCAUCUUCAUCAUCUUCCUCCUGGUGACGGGGACUCUGCUGAUGGCGCUGCUCCUGACUGCCAUGGUUCACCAUGAAAGUGUCCACAUUGUUGAGGUCACCAGCAACCUCAUCAAUGAGACCGUGUCGAACCACCCCGAAUGGGCCAACUGGCUCCCAGAAGCCCAGGUGGUCCAGAGGGCAUUGAACUCUGCAGCCACCAACGUCUAUCAGCAUGGGAGAGAGUGGAUAACUCAUAAGCUACACAAGAUGCUGGGUGAUAAAGUCAACCACACGGCCGUCAUCGAGAAGCAGGUGCUGGAGCUGUGGGAUCGCCUCUACCACUCCUGGUUCGUCAAGAACGUGACCCACACAGGCCGUCACCGCGGACACAAGCUCCACCCCCAGCGGCAGAACAGCUGGCUGGGAGACAUCCUGGACUGGCAGGACAUCGCCUCCUUCGUGCAGGAGAACAUCGAGACGCUUCUGUCUAUCCUGGAGUCACUGUGGGUGGUGAUGAGCCGUAACGUGGGCCUGCUGAUCUCCACCACCACCACACUGCUCACCGUGCUCUUCCACAGCGGCACGGCGCUGCUCAACUUCGUCCUGUCCCUGGUGAUAUUCCUCACUACCCUCUUCUACCUGCUGAGCUCCAGCGGCGAGUACUACAAGCCUGUCAAGUGGGUGAUAAGCCUGACGCCCCUGUCCCAGCCUGGGCCGUCCUCCAACAUCAUCGGCCAGUCUGUGGAGGAGGCCAUAAGAGGUGUGUUUGACGCCUCGCUGAAAAUGGCGGGGUUCUACGGCCUCUACACCUGGCUGACGCACACCAUCUUCGGCAUCAACAUCGUCUUCAUUCCCUCGGCCAUGGCGGCCAUCUUGGGUGCGGUGCCCUUCCUGGGGACGUACUGGGCGGCGCUGCCUGCUGUGCUGGACCUGUGGCUGGCCCAGGGCGAGAGUGUCAAGGCCGUGCUGCUGCUCGUCUGCCACCUCCUGCCCACCUACUUCGUCGACACGGCCAUCUACUCGGACAUCUCGGGAGGCGGACACCCAUACCUGACGGGUUUGGCGGUGGCUGGAGGCGCCUACUACCUGGGCCUGGAGGGGGCGAUCAUCGGGCCCAUCCUCCUGUGCAUCCUGGUGGUGGCGUCCAACAUCUACAGCGCCAUGCUGAUGAGUCCCAGCAGCUCACAGCCCACGCCUGUGCAGGCCACCUGGCCCGCACACAUCUCCAGGUCAUUCUUGGACACGCCCACCACGGCAAAGCCCGAGAACGAGUGAGGGCCACGUCAGCAUGGCGCCAAGUCUUCAGAAUGGCUGCCCCCGCUGUCAGCUGACACCCGGCCACGCCCCCUCCCUUUGAGCCGACUGGAGCCCGCAGUUACAUGGUUACCGCCACCGCCGCCAUACUCCCAUUAUUGCCUCUGCCACCAGCUCCUCCUCCCGCGCCUGACAUCGCAGCCAAUCAGACUCCCUCUGAAGGCUGCAGGAGCUUGGGGGAGGGGCCGGAGCCUCUUGCUGCUUCCAAUGCCGUGGCGGCGUUCGGCCACCACGGAGCGUCACUACAAACCUGUGCCACCUGCAUAACUAACUGAGCCUAAAAGCAUCUGAUGCCCAAUCCUCCUCUGGGACACAGGCUUGCAUAAAGUCUGCUGUUGAGAGCCAGCCCCCCAAUCUGCAAGCAACCAAGCCCAGAGACUCCACUCAGCUGAGAAAAGCCUUUGGGUGGGCGUUGCUCAGUUCCUACAGCAAGGGCCAUGGGGUACUUCAGCCCUGCUGUUUAAAUAAUGCACUUCACGUUCAGCAGAUAUUAUUAACAACUCCUUUUCAACCAGUUUCAGUCAAAUUAGGCAUAGCUUUCUGUAUUAUUAUAGUUAUUAUUAUCAGUGAUGUGUAGGUUACAUAAUUUUUAAGAUUUUGAAAAUGGGUACGUAACAGAGGUUGUUCCUUCUAAAGUGGCUGUUAUGAAUAGUAUAUUUUGCGCCAUGGCAACAAAAAGACGAGAGGAGCACACUCCUUCUGAAGGAGCUGGAGCUCUCCGCUGGUCAGGGGCGGAGAGCUCGGCGUCACCCUCGCGGUAGAGGCGAGGCCCGCGCUUCGCGUCUGCUGUUUGCAGUUCCACUAUGCUCCACGUUUGUUUCGCGUGCCUGUUCAUCUGCGUUCGUUCCUCGUUGUUCGGACAUUUUUUUUAUUUUUCACGUCUCGCGUGAAUGUUACGUUUUACCUUGCUCUGGAGAAUCAAAGCCAGCCUGUCGGCUUACUCUAACCAGGGACAAGGUGGGGUUGCUCACGGUUUUGAACAUGGGAUACUAAAAUGCAUACUAAUGAUAGUCAUAUGUACAUAACUUCGCCUCACUAAUUUACCUCACUUUCUGUGGUGGGGCAGAAAGUUUCAUACCAUUGGACAGGUUCUCUGUCCAGGGUUGUUUCUGAAAGGAUGUGAAGAUACGGUCUGCACUUUUAUAUUUUACAGUUAAAUGACACAGUCUGAGAGCCACUGUACUCUAAAUAUACUGUUUUUGCAUCUACUCAUAUUUAAAGCGCACAGGUGCCAGUGAUGUGUGAAACUACUGUUCUCAACUCACAGGGCUGACUGGGGGGGUCUGUUGAAUGAACUGUGCAGGCGUUUCAUAGGGCGUCAGUAGAUGAGGUCCUGAUUGCGCUGUCUCUUAGCUAGACACCACGCACAAUAUCAUGGCCCCAGUCUGGAAACCACAAACUGGGGCCUUCCUCUACACUAUCUGUGGGUGCAGGCAACGUUACGGAGUGGUGCUGUGACAGAUGAUCAGCAAUGGUCCCCUCUCUGGGUUGACGGUUCCUGUAAACGGCCCCUUCUUCAUCUGCAGUCUGACCACAUGGUUCAGCACAAACACCAAGCCAGCGAAUCAGCUGUGGGAUCUGUCUCACUUGUUCUGAAAAAGAGAGCCCCCACAUCCACGUUCGCAGCUUUGGCUGCUGAUAAUCGGCUGUUAAGAAACCCAGGACGGUGGUGGGCCAAACCCAGGGAAAGAGUCAGGUUGGCCACAGAGAGAGAACUAAGAACAGCAGGGUAACAGGACUCAGAUUCCCCCCGCAGCUGGAGAGGGCCUAGUGAUUGCUGGAGGCAUGGGCCAAGCACAGUUUUUAUAUCACCCUCUCCAUGCACCUCCACAUUUCAUGAGGAAGCAAAAAAAGCCAAAGUUCAAAAAGGGAUCACUGCAGUGACUGGGUCACGAUGGCAGGCCGCUCUGUGUCUUUCCCUUAAGCAGUUCCAGAAAAGCCCGCAGGAAGCCCGCUCCAGGCGAAUGUUUACAGGUGAAUGUAUGUCACUUCUAAACUGAAGCCAUAUUAAGGAGGAGGACAGACAUUACAGAGCCAUAAUGUUCAGGAGGGAGUGAGAGACAGAGAGAGAGACAGACAGAGAGGGAGGGAGGAUGAGAGAGACAGAGAGAGGGGAGGAGGAUUCGGGCAGGUUCACCUCUGCUGCGGAUGAACCUGCCACGCAGCCCUCUGUCUGCCAAGUGUUUUUAUCUGCACCAGCCGGUCCUAUGAAGAGUAACCUGUGAUAAUUAGUUUUUU